GUCUUUGUCUCUUCUAACAUCAAUCAUUGUUCCAUUUUGCGGAUUAUUCUAUUCAACACUCAUUCCAUUCUCUCUCUUUCUCACCAUCUUCCCACAUUCUUCCAAUUCAAUCUCACCGUUUCCCAAAUCGCCAAGGUAUUUCCUCUCUCUUUUCAUAAUAAUCGCGUUUCGCAACCGGAUUAUUUUUACAAAGCUGCUUACAGAUUCACAAUCAGAUUACCUUAUCAUCGCAAUUGAUCGUGAUGGGUCUCUAAUAUGGAGCAACCGAGUUGACAUUGAGAGGUUUCGGUGUAGUGGAUGAUUGGUUGUGGGGGGCUGUGGAGUGUUCUUAUGAAGAGGUCUGGAACUAGGGAGUUGAAUGAUUUCUACCCCAUUCGACCAGAAUGCCAAGCUGAUGUUCCAACAACUCGUUUUAAACCAAGGUAUGGCAAGACUUUAAGUGAAAGAAGAUGGCAAGCAUCAUUUGAUGAAGAAGGUCGUUUGGAUAUCGCAAAAGUGCUGAGACGAAUACAGCGAGGGGGUGUCCAUCCUUCAAUCAAAGGGGUGGUAAUGGAGUUCUUACUAGGUUGUUAUGAUCCUAACAGUACAUUUGAUGAACGGAAUGAGCUCAAGCAACGCCGGAGGGGGCAGUAUGAUAUGUGGAAAGCUGAGUGUCAAAAGAUAGCCCCAGUCCUUGGUAGUGGAAAAUUUGUUACAACACCCCUCCUCAAUGAGGAUGGCCAGCCAACAGAUCCUUCUUUGGUAACCGUCACGAAUCCAGAUAAGAAAGUUGCGCAGUGGUUACAGUUAUUACAUCAGAUUGGUCUGGAUGUUGUUCGGACAGAUCGAUCACUUGUCUUUUACGAAGAUGAAGGUAAUCAAGCAAAACUUUGGGAUGUUCUGUCGAUUUAUGCUUGGUUGGACAAUGAUAUUGGUUAUGUACAAGGAAUGAAUGAUAUUUGCUCACCUUUGGUUAUCCUUAUUGAGAAUGAAGCAGAUUGCUAUUGGUGCUUUGACCGUGCGAUGCGAAGAAUGAGAGAGAACUUCAGGUGCACUGCAAGUUCAAUGGGGGUGCAAUCUCAGUUGGGUACACUCUCACAGAUAAUAAAAACAGUUGAUCCGAAGCUUCAUCAUCACCUUGAGGAUUUAGAUGGAGGAGAGUAUCUCUUUGCAUUUCGCAUGCUGAUGGUUCUUUUCCGAAGAGAAUUUUCUUUUGCAGACACUUUGUAUCUUUGGGAGUUGAUGUGGGGCAUGGAAUACAACCCGAACAUAUUCACUAGGUAUGAGGACCCAGAGCGUGCUAAAACAAAAGGCGUGACACCUGCAGCAAAUGACAAAGUUCUGAAGCAAUACGGAAAAUUUGAGAGAAAAUAUUUAAAGGCAGGACAUACAGAGGAAAAUAGUGCACUGGCUGUUUUUCUUGUUGCUAGUGUUCUCGAGACAAAAAAUAAACGGAUUUUAACCGAGGCCAAGGGUGUGGAUGACGUUGUCAAGAUCUUGGGCGACAUAACCUCAAGUCUUGAUGCAAAAAAGGCAUGUGAUGAAGCAUUGAAACUUCAGAAAAGAUACCUGCUCAAGACCACCAAGAAGGCAUGACCGAACAACAUUAGAUUUUCUGUAUGAUCUUCCCAGGUUUCGGUUGCUCCUGACAAUCCAUUGUUUUCUUUAUUUUGUUGUUUUUUUUCUUAGCGAUUGCAACCAGGUUCACAUGAUGACUCUAAUUCUUUGAACUCUUCAAUGUCGAUGUCAUUAGACAUAGGGAACCAGAAAACAAUAGUUUUAUUGGAUAUAAACUCUUCAAUUCAUUUGCUGAGAUUGUUAGGGGGAAGAAACUUUUAUUUAUCACAUUGGCUUGUGUAAUGUAAACCUCCAUAUGUUUGUAGUAUAGGAAAUAAUUUUGUUUCUUCCAUAAGGCAACAUUUAUCACAUCAAUGGUUACAAAAUUGUCAAA